GAGAGGAGCUGGGAAUUAGCUCAGAUUUGAGACAGAAAGGUAAAGGUCAAAGCGCGGUGACUUAUCGGAUCUGAGAAGGUUAAAGAUGCCUCGUUAUGACGAUCGUCACGGAAGCACACGACUCUAUGUUGGCCACCUUUCCUCUCGAACACGGACGCGUGAUGUUGAACGGCUCUUUAGCAAAUAUGGAAGGUUUUCUUGGCUAUUGCCUGACCUGGAGGUGUUUAUGGUGAGAGAAUCGGUCUCCUUGGUGGAAAUUCUCUGAUGGUGUAAAAAAGGGCUUUUGGCGGUUCUCUGUUUGUUGUGUGUUGUUGCGUAUUUUAUUGGUGAAACUGGCUACAAAAUCUCAAAAAAUCUGGUGUUUUGUUCGACUGUGAUGGUGAAGUAGCACUACUUAGAAAAGUAAUGAUGAUGAUGGCCUUACUGUUUCUGCCAAACAAUUUCCGCAGAGUACGAGAUGUGGAUAUGAAGCGUGACUUUGCCUUUGUCGAUUUUAGCGAUCCCCGAGAUGCUGAUGAUGCAAGGUACCGCUUAGAUGGAAGGGACUUUGACGGAAGCCGUAUAGUUGUGGAGUUUGCAAAAGGGACACCUCGUGGUUCUGGUUCUGGUUCCCGAGAAAUAUCUUCAAGCAGAGGGCCUCCUCCAGGAAGUGGGCGUUGCUUCAACUGCGGUCUCGAUGGACACUGGGCUAGAGAUUGCACUGCUGGUGACUGGAAGAACAAAUGCUAUCGAUGUGGUGAUAGAGGUCACAUAGAGAGGAAUUGCAAGAACAGUCCUAAGAAGCAAAAGCGGGACCAAAGCUACUCUAGGUCACCAGUUAGAUCUCGAUCUCGAUCUCCUCCUCGUCGUAGGAGAAACCGUAGCAGAAGCAGAAGCAGAAGCAGAAGCAGAAGCAGAAGCAGAAGCUACAGUCGCUCAAGAUCCCCAGUGAGGACUGAAAAGGAACGGACUUCUGAACCAGCUGUGAGGAGCAUAAGCCCUGACUCUCCUCCACUCAAAGAUAGAAAUCAUAGCCUAACUCCCAAUGGAAACAGCCCGAUGCCUGAGAACAACGGUCUAAGCCCGAAAGGUCAAGAUAACGGCGAUGCAACCAAUGGACAUGACCACAGUCCCAGAGACGAACGCAGUCCCUGAGAAGAUUCACAAAGAGUGAAGAAACUCUUCGAACAAUUUAAUGAACUUGCGUUUUUGUAAGACUUGUAAUGGUUUCCUUGCAGACCUGUGUGGAAUUUUUGUGUGUGUUUGAAGACUUCCCCUGUUUUUUAAUAAUAAUUAAUAUGUAGCAAAAA